UGUUUUGUUAGACAUGUUUGAUGUAGCAAUGUAAGUAGAUUUUUGUAUUGUGAAUAAAAAAAAAUAAUAAGAAAAAGACCUCGCAACAGUAACUAGGGGGCGCGGCUUGAUAAUGUCUCUAUUAUGACGUCACAAAGCAUGCAGUUAAAAAUAGAGUCUUGUGUAUUUUGGUUCAGUCAUCGAUAUGGAUGUGUAUGAAGAAGUAGGUGUACCGGAGUUUGGUGCUACCUGGCCCGCCAUGACGAUGCCCGACCAAGGAGUGAUUGACCAAUUUACCAUUUUCUUCGCGCUUUUUCUUGGAGGACUAAAGGAUGUAGGCCUGAGUACAAAACUAGACAAGGACAUUUCCUGAACAUAAUGUGUGCUUGCUUGUAUUGAAGUAGGCUAAUAAUGGUAGAAGUUUGAAGCGCUUGUGGCUGGUGUAGUCUAUGGAGCUUAAUGCAAAUGUGAAAUGGCUUUAGUUGAACGAGUAGUUAAAUAGCAGUGGUGGAAAAAGUACCCAAUUGUCAUACAUAAAAGUUAAGAUACCUUCAUAGAAAAUCAAGUAAAAGUGAAAGUCACCCAGUAAAAUACUACUUAAAUGAAUGUUUUUGGUUUUAAAUAUACUUAAGUAUAAAAAGUAAAUGUAGCCUAUAAAUCAUUUCAAAUUGCAUUUAUUAACAAAACCAGAAGGCACAAUUUUCUUGUUUUAAUUUACGGAUAGCAAGGAGCACACUCCAACACUUUUACAAACAAAGUGUGUUUUGUGAGUCCGCCAUCAGAGGCAGUAGGGAUAACCAGGGCUGUUCUCUUGAUAAGUGCAUGAGUUGGACAAUUUUCCUGUCCUGCUAAGCAUUCAAAAUGUAACAAGUACUUUUGGGUGUCAGGGAAAAUGUAUGAAAUAAAAAGUACAUUAUUUAGGGCCUCCCCAUAGGCGCAGCGGUCUAAGACACUGCAUCGCAGUGUUGCGGUAUCACUACAGCCUGGGGUUCGAUACCAGGCUGUGUCAUUACCAGCCGUGACCGGGAGUCUCAUUGGGCGGUGCACAAUUGGCCCAGCGGGUGAGGGCAGGGUUUUGGGGAGGCUUUACUUGGCACAUCUCGCUGUAGUGGUGGGCCCGGGCGCCUGCAGGCUGACUUCGGUUGUCAGUUGAACAGUGUUUCCUUCGACACGUUGGUGCAGCUAAAAAGUAAAAGUACUUUAAAGUACUACUUGAGUAGCUUUUGGGGGGGAUUUGUACUUUAUUAAAGUACUUUACACCACUGGUAAAUAGUACCCACAGAGAUCCUUUAUGGUAAUCUACCUUUCUACCUCACUGACAGUCCAUUCCAUCUGAUGUGAAUUCCAUAAUAAAUGGUAAUGUGACAAUUGUUUGUUUGUCCAGUUUCUCUUCUCUCUAGAAGAGGAAUGGUUUGGAGCAACCCAUCCUGGAGUGGGAUGGGAGCUCACUCUCCCUGCUGUCCUGAUUUUUUUUGGUGUGAUAUUCCUAUGGAGGACCGUCCUUGCGAUCAAAAGCAGGAUACGUCUAUUGACUGAGACACAGCUAAACGUGAAACUCGCCCAGCUAUCGAAAAAGAAAUGUGACAUAAUGAUUCAAUUGUCUGAAAUGGAGAUACUGUUGAAGGACUAUGACGCGCCAGUGAAAAGGUUGCGGGCAUGCCUGCAGUCCUCUCAGGAGGAUAAUCAGGAUCUGGAGAAUAUGAAGAAACAAUGGGACAUCAGAGCUGGAGAAAUGGAGGCAUUUCAUCUACAACUCCGGGAGCGUGUUGAACACAUACAGAAACUGAAAGCUGUUUGGGGACUGAUGGAACCACUUAAAGAGCAUCACGGUGGGGAUGCCAGGAUCCCUAGUGGCACCAACACCCAAUCUACCGAUAUCAAGAGUGAGGAAAACAUUGAGAUCGAGGUCAUUGUGAUGAAGGAUUCAACCUUAAUCAAAACCACACUGGAGGAGGUGAACAGGGGUCUUCAGGACACAAAUUGUCAGCUUGAAGAGAAGAAUGCCGCUCUACAUCAAGAACUCCACAGCACUGAGAAGAUGUAUAGACAGACUCUAAACGAGCUGACCAAAGCCCUGAUUCAAGGCAAACAUGAGGAAAAGCAACAUAUUGACACGCUACAAGACAAAAUCCAGACCAUAUCUCUGAAAGCCUCUACUGCCGAGCAUGAUCUGGCCAUGGAGAAGAAUGAGACAGCGCUACUCCGCCAGAGGAUUGUUCAACUAACCUCAAAGAAGCUGAAAAUAGGAAUACCUGGGUUCCUGAUCAAGAACAUUCCCAAGCGCCCGAAAACAACCAAGACCAACAAGCCCUUCUUGAAGACCUGCAAAGUUCUGAAAGCUUUCAAAGCACUAUUCAAGAGAUGAAGGCAAUGCAUACAAUUGUACAUUUGGUGCAAUUAUUCUCAGGACACGGGGUGAAGCAGAGUACAAUAAAUAAAUCCUGAUGCCUUAUUCCAUCAAGAAGUCUUCUUUAAA